GUCACCGUUCCAUUUUUUUAAAAUAAGUGAGGUCCCUUUGGAUCUGGACCGGAACCGGUCCGGCUAAUUCUGUUCUAUCAGGUUUCGAUUCUCGAGUACUGUUUCCGGCCUGCGGCUGAAAAUAUCCUGCCUCUUCAAUAAUAAUAUUUUCCGGACUUGAAAUCUCAUUUAAAUCCCUUUCAUAAGUUUGAGACCCAUCCUAUAAAUACCCCUCGUCUCCCUGAAUUUUACGUCACUACGCAUCGCCGGAAAAUGUCUCCGAUCAAGGUUGGCGACUCGAUUCCCGACGGUUUCUUCUCAUUUUUCGAUGAAAAUAACUCUCUCCAGAAGGCGGCCGUACACUCCCUAUUCGCCGGAAAAAAGGUGGUUUUCGUCGGAGUUCCUGGUGCUUUCACUCCAACUUGCAGUUCCAAGCAUGUUCCCGGUUUCAUUGCACAAGCUGAAGAGCUCAAAUCCAAGGGUGUUGAUGAAAUUUUCGUUUUCAGCGUGAAUGAUCCUUUCGUAAUGAGGGCAUGGGCAGAGUCAUACCCCGAGAACAAGCACGUAAAGUUUGUUGCCGAUGGCUCUGCAUCCUACACUCAUGCCCUCGGGCUCGAGCUUGACCUCACCGAGAAAGAUCUCGGGAUUCGCUCUCGAAGGUUUGCUCUAUUGGUUGAUAACCUUGUGGUCAAGGUAGCAAACCUAGAGGAAGGAGGAGCCUUCUCUGUCUCUAGUGCUGACGAAAUCCUCAAGGCUCUCUAAGAGUUUGUUUCUUCUUCUCUCUCAAAAAGUUUGAGUUUGUUUGAUCUUCUCUCUCUAGGAACCUGGUCUUCUAUGAAUAACGGGUUGCCUUUUAAGCCCCCUCCUUUGUGCCUUAGUAAUCACUCUGUGCUGUAAACUCUGGGAGUUUUGUUGAAAAUAUUAUUACUUCUAUUAGAAGUUCCAUUUUUACUGGUUUUGA